AGGACCUUCACUGCAGGAUAUGGUUUUCACGAGUCUACACACACUCCCAGAGGAGAUAUUGUGCUACUUGUUUUCCUUCCUUCGCGCUCCAUCAAUCUUGAGCUGUACAUCGACGUGUCGCUACCUUCGCAAAGUCCUUGAUACUUCCUCUGCACUGCAGUAUGCGAUUGAACUCGAAGCCCAAAAGAUGGUGGAGGUCACCGCACUAGACGCAAUGAUAUUUCCCGCAGAACGCUUAGAGAUACUGAGAAACCAAAUGCGUUCCUGGCAAGCGUUCAAACCCACCAUCGUAGAUCAAUUUCUGCAGCCAGGUGGCGAGGUAUCCAUGUCGUUCGGACAUUUAUCUACCUGGGAUGAUCGUCCCCAGAUCGCACAGAUCGCACAUAUUCGUGCGCUGGACUCAGGCUCUUUGGAGGAGUCCCUGUCGUAUAGGCGUUGGAAUGCAGACAGUUACCCAAUGCCAAAAGACACUCCUUUUCGGGUUCACAGCGUCUGUAUGGACCCAUCACAAGAUUUACUUGUUUUUUUGGUACUCGAGCCGAACCAUAUGGCAGAAAUUUCUUGCCGGAUUUACUUGGAGACCCUUAGCAUGAGCGAGCCGCACCCUUUGGCUGCUAGUGAGGUCUUGACUUCCUUCAAGCCACAUAUCUCAGCAAAUUGCCACAUUGAUCAGACAAAGAUAAAGCUCAAAAUCUGGGGAGACCGCAUAGUGCUCUUUAACUUAUGCGAUGAAUAUUCUCAUUGCCCUGCAAGAAUGCAGAUUUGGAACUGGCAAGAGAAACAGGACUUCAAGUGUGUCUAUCGGGAACAGGAACCAUACGGCAAGAUGGAUGACUGCUGUAUUGUGAACCGAAAUCACUUGAUCGUAUCAUCUAGAAUGACCGGCCGACUACCAUGCAGACUGAGCAUCUUUUCAUUCCAUGACCUUGGGAAACCCCCAGUCCGUGUUGCAGAGUGUAUCCUACCCUUUCAACCGGAGGGAACAUUCCUGCGGCAUUCUUCAUUUGUAACCAUCAGCCCGGACCUCCGUCGUUCCAUUGCCCCUCAGGAUAUACGCUUCUAUCCAGACGCUGAAAAUCAGCUCAUUGCUCUCAAUGUUGACGGUCCACCCAGUCUCGUCUUUAUCAUUGACACUGAUAAACUCCUCACCACCUACCAAAGCGGCGCACACACUGAGGGUCAGAGCCGCGUUUUACCCUGGAAGGAAUGGGGUCCAAACUGUUCGCGAUGCAUUUUAGACCCCAUACCUAACAGCCUUUUUGUCCUGCGAUUAGACGUCGCCGGUGAGAGAGCAAUCCAUGCUACCCCAAAUGAUGUCGACUGCACAUCUUAUAGCCUGCGCACGUAUGACUUCAACAAGUAUCGCAUUUCGCGUGCCGCAGCUUCCAAGGACUUUCGUGGCCGCAUUAUUACAGAACCAUCGAUAGUCAAACACCGACAACUCAAUGAAGACAUUAUAACAAACCUUCCUUACGUGGUAGUUGUGGACGAGGAACGCAUUGAGACAGGCACAGAUAUGAUAGAUGUUACUUUCGAUGACGAGAAAAUUUUGAUCAUCAAGGCUUGUAAUUCUCAUCUGUUUUGAAUGCGCGAGGCUAACAUAUCACACAGAGCUCCCAGCGAGAUGAAAACGAAUUUGUAAUCGACGUUGCUAAUCCCUCAUGUAAUAUGGCUGUGCGAGGAAAAUAGCACGUACAUGGAACUGUAGAAUUUAUAUCAUUAGAAAAAAUUGUGAGGUUGCGUCGAACCGAUAUUGGACGUCAUCAUGUUGAUGAGA